UUCAUCAAGUAUCUAAGCCUAGCUAAAUUAAGCAAUUCUACGAAACCUAUCUAGGUAUACACAUUGAACGCCACGACUCUUAAACUAAACACGAUUCGGUCCAACUUGUUUUGCUUUUCAAUUUUAGUUCUCUCGAAAACAAAUCAUAAAAUGUCCUCGCCAGUCCAGCUAUCCGCCCCCAGUCGCAUCACUGCUUCCAACCUCCCUCUUCUAGAGGCCGGCUCCUCGAAGCCGCACUCGGAACCCGGAGUAGAAGUCCGCGUUGAUAAACUCGAACCGGAACCUAUUAUGGGCGGCGAAUUAAGAAGGGCUAGAGUGGCAUCUAGCAAGAAACUGCCAACUGGCAACGAUGGACAUGGAAAUUUGGAAUUGGAUCCUGUGCCGGGACUCGGAAUCGUGCUUCCGGGUGGUCUUAAUAUGUACUACCUAGACAUUGCGCCCAAUAUGGAAGGCGUAGUGCACCGUACGACAUCUACGGAUUAUCUUGUCGUGUUGAGUGGAACUUUAAGCCUCAUUACCCCCCCUGGCCCAUUUGAUGUGGUCAACGGGCGUGGUACGUAUGGCGAGCUUGUCGAAACCCUGUGCAAACCAGGUGAUGUCGUAGUUCAGCGCGGAAUAAUGCAUGCCCUAUCGAACCGUACCAACGAUUGGGUCCGUGUCAUCGGUAUGGUCGUGGCCUCGGAAACUAACCGUGUGCCGAUCGUGGGAUCGGGUCACGGGGACCCGCCAAAGACUACCGUCUUAAGUGACGAAUGGCUUCAGUAGGCCAAUCGGGGUGCUAUAGGUCGGCAGGUGGACGGCGCGGGUAUGGUAGCUAUUCUAUAUCUCACUCAUCUCUGGGUCAUCUCGUGUGAUGGUGUAACCAAGAAGCUACCAACUCACGCACCUUGCUCGGCUACACGAGGCUCGAAGACUGUAGGGCGGCCAAUCACCAAAGAAGACACCUCCUAGGCUACCACG